AUGCUUGUGAGCUGCCAGGUUUCCGUCAAAACAGGAAGGCAGCUGAUCUUUUUCUUCGAGGCCCACGCCGUGGGUGGCAGGAGAAAAAUCUAUACUCCCAGGGAACAGGAUGGCAUCAAAACAAACAUCGACACUCUAUUCAAGCUCACGGGACCGGAUGGAAAAAUCCUCAAGGUCAAAGAGCGUGUUGGAGACUUGAAGCCACUCUAUGAUGUAUUCCAUGCAUUCGUUGACGCCCUUUGUCCCGGUCUAGUGGGACCUGUGAACGCAUUUUGGCUAAGUAUUACAGUGUACCUGCUCUUAAGCAUACCGGCAAUAAUCAUGGCAUUGAAGUUAGCGGCGGUCUACUCCAAAGUCAAAGCACCUGGGGAGGUGCCGGUUGCUACAGAUGAACUUAUGAGCCAGCCCUUGGUGUGA